AUGGCUGGUCACGGUUAUGUCAAGCAUGACCCUGCUGUCGAAAGAUGGAACUCAAUGCGCGAGAACGUAUGGAGGUACUUCAAAUUCACUCGCCAAACGACCAAAGUAUCUCUCAUUGGGUUGGUCAUCUUCCCCGGCGCGAUAUAUCUAACUUCUACCUUGAGCAUCGGAAAGUGGGAUUGGAAGGGCAGGCGAAAGGACGAGACACUGCUCAGGAACCCACCGGCUGCCGUAGAGCCCACCGAGGAGUAG